AGCAAGACCUAAAAAUUGACAGAAGGGGAAGCGGACACUUUAGAAGAAGAACGAAGACUAAAUUUGAUUAAAAAUCGAUUUUUUUCGAAAAAAAAUCGAAGCUUUUCUCUCAUAGGCCGCGGCGAUGUCAGAUGGCCAUCUCUUCAAUAACAUUCUCCUCGGCGGCCGCGGUGGAACUAACCCGGGUCAGUUGAGGGUGCAUGCAGCAGGGAUUGCAUGGAAGAAGCAGGGAGGUGGGAAGGUGGUCGAGCUGAAGAAAGACGAUAUUGGUGGUGUGACAUGGAUGAAAGUUCCUAGGGCGUAUCAGCUGGGAGUUAAGAGUCAAGAUGGGUUGUUUUACAAAUUCAUCGGUUUCAGGGAGCAGGUGAUGUUUUUCACCUUCUCCUCUUAACUUACCUGCUAACUC